UUUUUUUUUAUUCUUCUCUCUUCUCCCCUCGUGUAGCUGAGAGGAAGGAAAGGGAGAAAGAGAAGUAACGAUCUCAAAUGUGCCUCACUCUGCUGCUGGGGCUUGGGGACUUGGUUGGAAGGAUCUAGUUUCUGUUCGGUGGCAGGAAAAGGGGCAACGAGAGGAGGCAGAGACGGACACCCCGACAUGCCCGUCUCGGCAGGCUGCUGGCUUGUUCUCCUUUGCCUUGCUGCCACGGGCAAACAGUUGUCACUACAGAUCACUCCACCAUGUGAAAGUGAGCAACACUAUGAAUACUCUGGACGGUGCUGCACAAAGUGUGAGCCAGGAAAGUAUAUGUCUGCUAAAUGCACCGGUACUUCUGAUAGCAUGUGCCAGCCGUGUGGCCCAAAUGAGUAUAUGGAUGUCUGGAAUGAAGAAGACAAAUGCUUACUACAUAAAAUAUGUGAUCAAGGGAAAGCUCUGAAAGAAGUGAAUCCAGGAAACAGCACAUUCCAGCGGCAGUGUGCUUGUACGACGGGUUACCACUGGAACGAUGACUGUGAUUGCUGUCAGCGAAACACCGUAUGUGCUCCAGGAUUCGGAGUCAAGCAUCCUGUGCAACAAGACAAGGAUACAAUGUGUACACCAUGUCCCACAGGCUACUUCGCAAAGGUUGCUUCAUCCACUGAGAAGUGUAAAUCCUGGACCAACUGUACAGCUCUGGGAAUGGCAGAAAUAGUCCCUGGGACUGACAAGUCAGAUGCAGUUUGUGCAGAAUGGAAGAUGCCUGAACAACCAGAAGAUGGUAUAUGUCCUACUACAGGAACAAACAGGAUCUUGUAUGUGUUGAUUGUCAUCUUAUUUUUUGUGGCACUAAUUGGCAUUGUCAUCUUCAUUGUAUACUACAAGAAUAAGGGAAAAAAGCUCACAGCAGAUCUACAGAACUGGGCUAACGAAGUGUGCAGCCAAAUAAAAGGAACAAAGGAGCCCCCCAGAGAUGUGUUUGUUACCACAAGUAUAACAAACACUGCUGCUCCCCAGAUUUCUGAAGGAAUGUGCCUCCUGGGUCCUGCUGGUUAUUCUCCCCCUGGAAACACGUGUUGCACCAGCAGUCACCCUCUGUGCAUGAACAGCAGCCCAGAGACAGCUCCGUAUGAGGCGGCAGGGAACAUCCAAGAGUUUUCUGUGGUAUCUGAGACUGAUGAUGACCAUUUCCCACCAGUUCCCAUGGAAGAUGAAUACAUGGAUAAAGAUCUCAAUAGCGCUGAUUAUUUAUCUUUACUGAGUCGGCCUGAGAGCAAAACUGUGUCAUCAUUUUCAGAACCAGUGGAGAUAGGGGAGAACGAUAGCUUAAAUCAGUGCUUUUCAGGGAUUGGGAGCACAGAGGACAUAUCAAUUGCUCAAGGCUCUGACCCUUCCUCCAAAAUGGGUGGCACACAUGCUGCUAUAGACAAAUAUCUUCAGAAAUCUUGCCAGCAUGCCCACAGCUGCCCACAGGAAAUGGACAACAAAGACACAGAUCAUUUUCCAGCGAACCAUGACUUGGAGAAGAUCUGUGUGAGGUGUGGUGUCUCAUAUAGGGAAUCUCCCAGAAAGUGGAGCAAACCCUACUGUGCAGCAGUUGACAGUGCCUCCGCCUCCCCAGAAAUUGGACCUUAUGCACAGUGCACUUGUGGCUUGCAUUUUCUCUCUGCUGGUCAGAGUACUCUAGCAAGUGAUCAUGGUAUGGAAGAUGCGUCUUGUGAUGGUACUGACACAAAGUACCAACAUACAAGCAGCACUUCAGGAACAAACAGCAGUACUUCAGACCUUCCACCAGCAUCUGGAAAUGUGACUGGAAACAGUAACUCCACAUUUAUUUCAAGUGGACAAGUAAUGAACUUCAAGGGGGACAUCAUUGUUGUCUAUGUUAGUCAAAACUCCCAGGAGGGGGCAAUGGCCACUGGCAUGACUGACGAGAACGUGGGGAGCCCCGUGCAAGAGGAAAACCUGAGCCGCUGCGAGACUUUUGCCGGCAACACACAGCAAUACAAGGAGAAGUGCAUCGAGGUGCAUGGUGCGAGCGGCGGGCUGCAGAGCACCGGCACCUAUGAGAGGCGCCCCGGCGGCCCCGUGGCGCAGGAGCAGAGCCCGGCCAGCCGCAGCAGCAAGUGCUGCUACAGCGAGGCCUCGCAGCCUGUGCAAGAGGAGGGCAGGCUGGGACACUUCUCGGAGAAAGUGUUGAACUGAUGUCAACCGGUGUCCUUCCGAGUGUGACAGCGAGGACAGGGCUGCGGGCCGAGGCACUGAAGGGCAGCCCACGAGGGGCUGUGGCGGGAUGCACGGCUGGGCCGGCUGCCAAAAUCCGGGUUGUUGCAGCAGAUUCAUUUGUUCAGUGACUGUUGCUACCCCUGGUGUCUCCUGGGAAACUUUCCAUCUGGAAAGGACUGUUUUGGUGCACAUGCCUGUGAUGCUAUUGCUGUGGAGGUUGCUGGUGGGAACAGGCACAAGCAUGAAGCCAGGUGUGCUGCUGCCAUUGCAGAAGUAGCUGCGUGGGUCGGGAGGACUCUGUGCCUUUCUCCUUGACGGCCCGGUGGGCUCCCCAUGGGCCCCCCAUUCCCUUGCACCUUUGCACAGGAAGAGACAAAGGACAGUUUAGGCAGUUCUUUGGGUUGGGGACUUUGUGAGGAGGACAGCAUUAAUUGCUGAGUGUACAGGGUAUUUCUGGAGUACAAAUAACACUGUGGAGUAGCGUACUGCAAGUAGUCCCUCAGCACUGCCUCAGAUUUUUUCCUAGAUGGAAAUCUUGGAACUGUUUAAGCCAAACCCUUUGGCUAGGUCUUGGGCUUCCUUGAUACCUCGGGUGGUGGAAGGAAGUGACAGCCAUCUCUGCUUUCAAGAUUAGUGCCACUGCUGACGUUUGCCUCCUCUCGGGAAUGAGACGGCUUGAGCCCUUCCCAUCAUUCUCCAAGAGAACAGACGCUCUGGUUUUAAACCGGUACAAAAGUCAAGAUCCUUGUCAGUCUGUUGUUAGCUUGUAGGUAUAUAUAGGUAUAGUACUUCCCAGAGCAUACAACAACAGGCAAAAAUAGAGCUGAUAGGCCUUAAAAGCAUAUCAGAUGAAUUCUCAGGAAAGAACAUUUAUAGUUUUGGACCCUAAUUCACUUCUGCAUUAUUGCACCUCUCCCAAGGAAUUCAACCCCUGAGGCUGAAGAUAAGAGUAAACUUUUCCUAGCAUCCUGUUGCAUAAAUAAUGUCACUGAACUUUAAGGCACAAGCUGCUAACAGGUAGAGGAGGGAUCUAAGACAAUUAGUUGUAGGCAUUUCCUGAGUGACAGGAGAGGGAGUGAGUACUUGGAGAUGGAGAAUUUGGUUAGAGUCAAACAUGUAUUCUCUCAUCUGCUCAAACAAUUUCGUCAUUCUUUCUGAUAUUUUCAUGAGUAAGUACAGAUUUAUUUAAGCAGUAAGGAAACAGACCCAGAGCUUGGCCUCUCUGAACUGAAAUCAGAGUCUAACCAUUCUCACACUAAUUGCUGAUGAGCUACAUGACCGAAGGAUCUGAUUUAAAGAAUAGUAAUAAUUGCAGUUAGUAGAGAGUCUCAGCUACUCAGCUAGCAUUGGUUCAGGUCCUGUAUCCUUCAGCCUCCUCCACCAGCCACCGUAAGGAGAAGGGUAAAGGGAACAAAGACUUGGGGAACUCCCAACAGAUAAAGAUGACAUUUCUAAAGUUUUCCUAACAAGGAGUAAUUUUCUGGCAUUCUCCUGCACAUGUGAGUGCAGCUGAAGGCCAUCUUCAGUCUGAGCCUUCAGAAAGAUCUGUCCUAUGUUUCCUACUAGAUAGCUAAGGAAUCUUUUAUCUAGUGUGACCUCAUCUGCCCUGACUGGAAGACUCUUAGCUGAAGAUCUCUGGCUAGAGAGGGUUCCUUUUCAGGAAGGUUUUAAAGCCAAGGGGUUCACCGAAUAGCUGCUCUCUUUGCAAUAGUACUGCUCUGAGGGUGAAGACCACCUAUAAAACUAACAAGGUGACCGCCAUGUCACAAAGAACUUCUCAUUCACAACUGAAAAGCCACCUUCACCUCUCAGGAAAAAUAAUUCUGCAUUAUUUAUAUAUCUGGGAUUUAAAGUUCAGCCCAGGCAUGCAAGACUGUCUCUUGGGGACUGGGUCCAUUCUGGCAGGCAUCAGGCCUUUUACAAUCCUUGAUGACAUUUUGCUAAAUAUCCGAUCAACGCCCCUUGUGGAUCACCUGAACCUACUUCAGAAGUCUCUGAGAAAUGCUGGCGUCUGACAGAGUUAUCCAUCAAGGCCUGUUCAGUCAUACAGCAGAAAAAACAUCAGAAAGGUGUAUUUUCUUCUGUGUUUCUCAGGCCUGUCAGCAUCUCCCAGGUCAUUCCCAGUCCCCCAGUCUACUUCAGGGCCUCUGAACAUCUCUGCAUGGUCUUGAAAAAACUAAUCUAGCCUAGCCUAGACUCAGCCAGGUGGGUAGGUUGUCCCACUGAGUGAUGGCCCAAGCUAUUGUAACCUCUACUCCUUUAAAAAUGUGUAACUGAGGCUGUCUUAUCUGUGGUAUUAUUUUGCCUUUCCUGCUGCAUCCUUUAACAAGGAUCUGUAGCCUCUUUAGGCCUAACUCUGUAUCCCCUUGCACAGGUGCAACACGGAGAAGGAAGCAGAGACAUGCAUCAGAUUCAUGCAAUGUGAUACGGACUUUUCUCACUUUGUCUCUUUUUUUCAGUCUUAUUUUCCUGAAAACCACUUAUCUAGGACACCACUCAGUCAGCCCCACUUAUAGGGCAGGAUGGACUGAUUUCUCCUGCUCAAGUCUGGGUAAACUAGCUACUUGCAGGUCUCUCUCCUCCUGCUGCUUCUCUCUCUGUAGCUUCUUUUUGUGGUUUGCAUGCACAACCACUGGAAAAGAAAGCAGAUAGAGAACAGGCUCAAAAUCUUCAUUUCAAAGAAGACAAUGGGCAAUUUACUAUUGAGCUUAGUGAGGACACAUUUUCACUCAUUGAAUCACACGAUCCUACUCAGCAAGAUUUGAAAUUAGGAUGAUCAGCAAGCAUGAAAACGGUCGUCAUGAUCUCAGCCUUGUGGCCACUGCUUAACAGGGAAACAUGACACACCAACAGUUCUGAUCCUUUUUCUUCUUCCAGUUUCUACACAAAAGUGAAGAAACCAUAUCACCAUGCUGCAUGUUCUCUGGCUCUCUAUUUGGCUGCUUAGACAUGACCCCAAGGGAAUUUCUGUAUCCUUGUGAUUUUGUCAUUGGUUUGGAGCAGGGGCUGUUUUUUAACAUCUGGUUGUACAACAGAGCCUUAUGCAUCAGGCACUAAUUUGGAGGCUUCUGGCUGCUGUUGUAAUACACAUAAUUAAUGAUAAUAAAAGUCUUAAACAUCUA